AGAAGAAAAAUCAGAGAUCGAAACAAACCCUAGAUUUUAAGAGAGUGUUAAUUACCAACCAUGGAGAAGAUGAUGAGAGAACCUAUGCGUGUAGACGAGUCUUCAUUGAAGCAUGUCUCUUUUCUUGGCAGAGGAAGCUUUGGCUGUGUCUCUCUCCAACGCGAUUCUAACUUCCGACUCUACGCAAAGAAGUCAUCUUCUUCGUUCAAUCAAUUGCAGGAUUUCCAAAAAGAGAUUAGGAUCAUGGUUCGUUUCCGCAAUCAUCCUCGCAUCGUCCAAGCCUUAAGUUCUGUCGUUCACUUAUCCGUCCCACCAGAACAAAGAUGUCACAUCUAUAUGGAGUAUGCCUCCAAAGGCACGCUCUUCAAUAUGAUCUCCAGGUUUCGUGGGACGCCUAUGCCUGAGAAUAUGAUCGGACGUGCCGCUUUUAUGAUCCUACAAGGACUCGACGCUCUUCACACAAACGGCUACGUUCACUGCGAUCUAAAGCCAGCCAACAUCCUCGUCUUCCCUUCCACCACUGUUGGAGAGCCAUGGGAUCUUAAGCUUGCUGAUUUCGGUUUAUCGAAAGAGCCUUGUACGGAUUCUAGGUCGUUGUUUCAUGGUACGGAGCAGUAUAUGCCGCCUGAAUCUCUUGGACCGGAUGGAGAGAUGGGAUCGUCGACCGUUGAUAUAUGGUCUCUAGGGUGUACGAUUAUUGAGAUGUUUGGAGGUUGUCCAUUGAAUAUGGGACACUGUUACAUGUGGAGGCUUCCCAGACUUGUAUCUCCGAUGGCAGACGACUUCUUGAUGCGGUGCUUGGCUUUGCAGCCGUCACGUAGGGCUACCGCGGCAGAGCUGUUGAGUCAUCCGUUUGUUGCGCAAAAAAACUUUACUGCUCCAAUAUUGAGAGAGAUGCCUCCGUAUCCUUUCUUAAGGCUUCCUCCCUGCAUAAUGGGCAAAGAGAUGGAAGAAUAUGCUAGACAUGGAUUGGUGAUUUGAAGACCUCAAGAUUUGAUUAACGGUGGAGAGAUGAGGUCGGAAGAGACAAUAGAUUCAUGUGACGGCAGCUGUUUAAUUAGGGUUCGACAGUUUAACUACAGUUAUAUUUUAGGU